AUGGCAAACCGUAGUUUCAUCUCUAUUGUGACAAUUGGAUUGCUUCUCAGCUUUAUCGUUUCAGUGCCUCGACAAGUGGAAUCCAUUGGCGUGUGUUACGGUAGGCAAGGGGACAAUCUCCCUCCGGCAAAUGAAGUCGUGGAGCUCUACAAAUCCUACGGAAUAGGAGGCAUUCGGCUAUAUGACAACAACCAUGAUGUCCUCGAAGCACUGAGAGGCUCCAACAUUCCUGUCAUCAUUGAUGUCCUUGAAUCCGAUCUCACUGUUAUGGCUUCUGACCCCGCCGCCGCCUCGGGAUGGGUUAAUGAUAACAUUCAACCUUUCUCCCCUGAUGUUAACUUCCGUUACAUAGCGGUUGGCAACGAGCUUAUUCCCGGCUCUCAUCCUCAGGACAUUCUCCCUGCAAUGCAGAAUCUUCAAAAUGCAUUGGUAUCCGUUGGCCUCCAAGAUAGGAUAAAGGUCUCAACCUCGGUCUCUACCAAUGUGUUAGGCAACUCCUAUCCUCCCUCUGCCGGUACAUUUUCCUCUAACAUCCUUCCUAUACUCCAACCCAUUGUUGCCUUCCUUUCCGCCAAUGAUGCCCCUCUCCUCGUCAACGUUUAUCCUUAUUUUAGCUACAUUGGAAACCCCGACAGUAUCUCUCUCGACUAUGCGCUCUUCACUUCACCUGCGCCGGUGGUCAUAGAUGGUCAAUUGCAGUAUCAAAAUCUAUUUGAUGCGAUCAUCGACGCACUUUUCUCGGCGCUCGAGAACGUGGGAGGCGGCGAUGUCAAUCUGGUGGUGUCAGAGACUGGCUGGCCAUCAGAUGGCGAGGAAGUGGCCACUCUUCAAAAUGCACAGACGUAUCUCUCCAAUCUAAUAAAUCAUGUCGGGCAAGGGACGCCCAAGAGACCCGGAAUUCAUAUUGACACGUAUUUGUUCGCCUUAUUCGAUGAGAACCUCAAACAACCGCAAGGGACAGAGAAUCAUUAUGGCCUCUUCAGUCCGGAUAAGCAGCCUAAAUACUCUCUCAACCUUUAA